GACCCCGAGGUCGCCCAGCUGUCCCAGGAUGGGGACAUUGUGUUGGGUGGGAUCUUCUACUUCCACAGCAGCUGGAAGAACAGAGAGGACACGUACACACAAAAGCCUUUGGCUCUGCAAUGCAUCAGCUUGAAUUUCAGAGAGUUCCAGUUUGCACAGACCAUGCUCUUUGCCAUUGAGGAAAUAAACAACAGUACAGACCUGCUGCCGGACGUUUCUCUGGGCUACAGCAUCUACGACACUUGUGGUUCGAUUCCCAAAACCAUAAAAGUUGCUCUGGCUUUGAACAAUGAUAAUGUGAAUACAUCUUCAAUCUCUGACAUACCAUGUACCAAACCAGUACAAGUGCAGGCUAUAGUGGGGGAAACUUCUUCAUCUCCCAGUACUGCAAUAGGUACUCUCAUUGGACCAUUUCACAUACCACUGAUCAGCCAUUUUGCCACAUGUGCUUGUCUCAGUGAUAAAACAAAGUAUCCGUCGUUUCUCAGAACAAUACCCAGUGACUAUUACCAGAGCAGAGCCCUCGCUCAACUGGUCAAAUAUUUUGGCUGGACUUGGGUCGGAGCCGUCAGAACCAACGACGACUACGGCAACAACGGCAUGGCGACGUUCACAGAAAUCGCAGCGCAGCUGGGCAUCUGUCUGGAAUAUUCUGUCUCUUUCUUCAGAACGGAUUCAACAGAAAAAAUCCAGAAGGUGAUCAAAACAAUACAGGCUUCGACCUCCAAAGUGAUUGUUGCUUUUGUAUCACACUUGGACAUGGACGUGCUCAUACACGAGAUGUCCAACCACAACCUGACCGGGUACCAGUGGGUGGGAAGUGAGUCCUGGAUCUUUGAUUCUCAAAUUGCGGCAGUGGAUAAGAAUCGCAUCCUGGACGGAGCGAUCGGCGUUUCCAUUCCUAAAGCUCAUGUGAGCGGUCUCAAAGAGUUCAUGUUUGACGUGAGGCCACUCAGAUCUUUAAAUAACGACUUGUAUAAAGAGUUCUGGGAGACGUUGUUUAGCUGCAAGUUCAAGCAGGAGAUAUCAGAUGAAAAUUAUAGAGAAUGUUCUGGACAUGAGGAUCUGACUGGAGUGGAGAACAGCUUCACUGACAUGUCCCUCAUGCCCAUUUUUAACAACGUGUAUAAGGGAGUGUAUGCAGUGGCUCACGCUCUGCAUGAUAUUCUCGGAUGUGAGAAAACCUGUAACAACAAUGUGCAGCUUGACCCAUUCACGAUUUUGCAGCACAUUCAAAAGAUUCACUUCAAGACAAAGGAGGGAGAAGAGGUUUACUUUAAUGAGAACGGAGAUCCAGCUGCAAAGUAUGAAAUUAUAAACUGGCAACCAAGAGAAAACGACAUUGUGGACUUUAUCACAGUUGGUGUUUAUGACGCUUCAUUACCAUUUGAUGAGCAGCUAAAACUGCAAAACAAGUCAAUACUGUGGUCACUGAGCUCAAAGCAGGUUCCUGUGUCGGUUUGCAGUGAGAAGUGUCCCCCAGGGACCCGGAAGGUCCUCCAGAAAGGAAAACCCGUCUGCUGCCAUGACUGUAUAAGAUGUGCUGAAGGAGAAAUUAGCAACAUUACAGAUGCUGUCUCCUGUGUAAGAUGCCCCCCUGAAUCCUGGUCAAACGAGAGAAGAGAUGUCUGUAUUAAAAAGGAAGCUGUUUUUUUAUCAUACGAUGAAAUUAUGGGCAUACUGCUCACUGCCGCGGCUUUAUUUGGGACAUGUGUAACAGCCAUUGUGACAAUCAUUUUCUACAGGAACAGGAAAACUCCUCUUGUCAGAGCAAACAACUCUGAGCUGAGCUUCCUCCUCCUGUUCUCUCUGACUCUGUGUUUCCUCUGCUCUCUGACGUUCAUCGGUCAGCCCUCUAAGUGGUCCUGCAUGCUGCGCCACACGGCGUUUGGCAUCACCUUCGUUCUCUGCCUCUCCUGUGUUCUGGGGAAAACCAUGGUGGUUUUAAUGGCGUUCAAGGCUACACUCCCUGGGAGAAAUUUAAUGAAAUGGUUUGGGCCCAAGCAGCAGAGGCUGAGCGUUCUGGGUUUCACUCUCGUACAAGUGAUCAUCUGCAUCCUCUGGUUAAGCAUCUCUCCUCCGUUUCCAUCUAAAAAUUUUAAGGAAUUCAAAGAAAAAAUCAUCUUGGAGUGUGCUCUGGGCUCUGCUGUGGGUUUCUGGUCCGUCCUCGGUUACAUAGGAUUUCUUGCCAUCAUGUGUUUUAUUUUUGCUUUUUUAGCUCGGAAGUUGCCUGAUAAUUUUAACGAAGCCAAAUUCAUCACAUUCAGCAUGCUGAUAUUCUGCGCGGUGUGGAUCACUUUCAUCCCAGCGUACGUCAGCUCUCCUGGGAAUUUCAGUGUCGCUGUAGAAAUCUUUGCUAUCCUGGCCUCCACAUUUGGGCUGUUAAUUUGUAUUUUUAUCCCAAAAUGUUACAUCAUGUUACUGAAACCAGAGAAAAAUACAAAAAAGCACAUGAUGGGGAAAGGGCCACCAAAGACGUUCUGA